UGUUUUGGGAAAGCCAGAAAGACACUAGAGUCCGCGAGACUGCUGGGCGGCGCCGGGGCGCGCAGCCGCUGCGCACGUGCAGCGCGGACUCGCGGACGCGGCUGAGGAUCCGAUCCAGGGAGCGGAGGUUCCGGAAUCCGUACGUUUGCGUUUGCCACCGGGGAGGCUGUCGCUCCGCCCUUCCUGAGAUCCUUAUAUUAACAGUGGCCAAAGCCCGGAGAAACACAGCUCAUUGUUGGCAGCUGCCUGGCGGUCCUGCGGAGCGGCUAGGGCAGCGGAGGAAAAGAAAAGGGAACGGCUCGGAAUUUGCUCCAGCGGCUGCUGCAAGACCUCGGCGCCAAUCUCGCACCAGCGAGCGCCUCCCAGCCCUUCGGCUGUCCCUCUAUGUGCUGCUGAGCCGGUCCUGGACCCGACGAGCCCGCCUUCGGUUGUUCCGAGCAGAAAUCGCAAAGACGGAAGGACUGGAAAUGGCAGACCAUAUGAUGGCCAUGAACCACGGGCGCUUCCCCGACGGCACCAACGGGCUGCACCACCACCCUGCCCACCGCAUGGGCAUGGGGCAGUUCCCGAGCCCGCAUCACCACCAGCAGCAGCAGCCCCAGCACGCCUUCAACGCCCUCAUGGGCGACCACAUACACUACGGCGCGGGCAACAUGAAUGCCACGAGCGGCAUCAGGCAUGCCAUGGGUCCCGGGACUGUGAACGGGGGACACCCCCCGAGCGCUCUGGCCCCGGCCGCCAGGUUUAACAACUCCCAGUUCAUGGGUCCCCCGGUGGCCAGCCAGGGAGGCUCCCUGCCGGCCAGCAUGCAGCUGCAGAAGCUGAACAACCAGUAUUUCAACCAUCACCCCUACCCCCACAACCACUACAUGCCGGAUUUGCACCCCACUGCAGGCCACCAGAUGAACGGGACAAACCAGCACUUCCGAGAUUGCAACCCCAAGCACAGUGGAGGCAGCAGCACCCCUGGCGGCGCGGGUGGCAGCGGCACCCCCGGCGGCUCCGGCAGCACCUCGGGCGGCGCGGGUGGCAGUAGCGCGGGCGGCAGCGGCGGUGGCAGCACCAUGCCCGCCUCGGUGGCUCACGUCCCCGCGGCAAUGCUGCCGCCCAAUGUCAUAGACACUGAUUUCAUCGACGAGGAAGUGCUUAUGUCCUUAGUGAUAGAAAUGGGUUUGGACCGCAUCAAGGAGCUGCCCGAACUCUGGCUGGGCCAAAAUGAGUUUGAUUUUAUGACGGACUUCGUGUGCAAACAACAGCCCAGCAGAGUCAGCUGUUGACUCGGUUAACCUCGUGGGCGAAAGAAAUCACCCUCCCCACCCCACCCCACCCCCACCCCCAACUUCUUCGGUGUGAAUUAAAACAAACAAACAAAAAAAUAACAAAAAACAUUCCCUUAGACGCAGUUAUCUCACUUUUCAGAUCCUGAAAGGUUUGAGAACCUGGAAACAAAGUAAACUAUAAACUUGUACAAAUUGGUUUAAAAAAAAAAGGUUGCUGCCACUUUUUCCUGUUCUUGUUUCUUUCUUUCUUUUUUUUUUUCUUUUUUGUAGCCCUGACACUCACCUCCCUUAUGUAGUUGAAAUAUCUAGGCUAACUUGGUCUUUUUUGUUGUUGUUGUUGUUUGUUUUUUGACUCCUUAUUUCCUUACUCUCUCCCGUGCUCAACUGUUAGAUAUUACGCUUGGCAAACUGCUUAAUCUUGUGGAUUUUGUAGAUGGUUUCAAAUGACUGCGCCGCAUUCAGAUUUACGAGUGAAAAGAAAAACUACAUUCUUUGGCUGCAUGAACUUUGAAGGGCAGAUAUUACUGCACAAACUGCCAUCUCGCUUCUUUUUUUUUUUUUAA